CUACAUGAAUCUUAAGCUCAUUUCCAACAUGUAGUAGGAAUUUCCCUCCUGGUUGACAUGCGAAUACAUCCAACAAUACAAAUUCAAAGCUAAAGCCCAACAAAAGAGAGCGCAAGACGCACAAUGCACAGCCCAAAAGAGGACUGCGGGUAUGGGCUGGAUAAGCAUCAAAAAGUAGGCCCUGUCCCUCUAAGGAAACAGAACUUUUAUCUGUUAAGUCGUAGAGAGUUCAGACUGGGGCAAUUGAAUUGCAAGGGCACAAUGUACUCACAACCAGUACUUGGACCAGUACAGGCUCGAACUUUUGUGAAUGAGACUGGACCCAAGUUUUGCUUCACCGUGAUCACUGCCUUAAUAGUCAGAAAAAUCAAUGUGGGGUGCAAAAUAUCUGCUGAGGAAGAAUUUGAUGAAGGACCAAGCAAUUGUGAGAAAUAUGAUUUAGAGUUCAAAUAUUUGGGAGGUUUUGGAGCACCUACGAAGAACAGUUCUGGUUAGCUGGUGUUCAUAACAGCAAGGGAGCCCUAUCCCAGGUUGUCCAAAACCUCUCACUUAGCUUUUGUCUGUUUGUAUGCAUUUGCAAAAUACCUGGUGAACAAAUGCUGAGAGAGUAUAAGAUAAUCUUUCAUUUUAUUGUAUUGCCAAAGUGAUAUAUUUAAAGUCUUACAGAGUCCAUAUGAUCAAUGAACUUCCCCAUGUGUUCGGUCUCUUAAAUAAAGAAUUUUCUAAACUUAGAUCUACUUUGUAAAUGUGAGAUAUCUAAUGAGGAGUUUGUAACAGCUAGACCCAGUGUUCCCUUCUUUCCCUCUCUCCAUCUCUCUUUAAUUGCUUUGAUGUUAAGAUACAUAUAGAAUGAUUUAAGUGUAUUCUUCAAGAAUGUGUGUAAUUGAUUCUACUGAGUUCGCGACCUCAUUUUAAAUACCAUGCAUUGAGUUGAUAAGUUACAUAAGGCAAAA